AUGCCUCUCGCACCGACCCCUGUGGUGGCGGUGCCAUCGAAGCCGAAAAUUGGAUUCAGUAUAGACAGUAUAGUGGGUGGUUCAGAGAGACCGAAACAUGCUUCGCCGCCGCUAGCCAGUCCAGGGUCGCCCUCCCCGGUUGCAUCCCCCCGGAGUCCUUCACCGAGACCAUUGUUGAGGCCAAGUGCUUUGGCGCCAGUUUUUCCUUCUCCUGAGUUAAAGAGGCUGUCUUACCUGGACGCUCAGAGUCAUCACCAUCAGUUUUUGGCACAUUUCCAAGGAGCCGCACUAGCAGCAGCGUUAGCACAUCAGCAACAAGGGUUUGGAGCCCCGUUGCCGCCCCAUCCGCCACCACAUCCUGCUCCACCAGUGCCAAGAGAGUCAUACCCCCUGUAUCCUUGGUUGAUCAACAGACAUGGAAGGAUAUUCCCUAGUAGAUUUCCUGGAGGACCUGACAUCCCGGGUUUUCUUCUUCAACCGUUCCGCAAACCGAAGAGGAUUCGGACGGCGUUCUCCCCCUCACAGCUGCUGAAGUUAGAGCAUGCGUUCGAGAAGAAUCAUUACGUGGUAGGAGCUGAGAGGAAACAGCUCGCGCAGGCGUUGAGUUUGACGGAAACACAGGUAAAGGUGUGGUUCCAAAAUAGAAGAACGAAACACAAACGAAUGCAGCAAGAAGAAGAAGCAAAAACAGGAGGGAAGUCAGGCUCGUCAAACAUGAAACCAGAUGACGGUAGCCAACUCAAUAAUUCCUAUGAAGAUGAUGACGAAGAACUUAUUGAUAUGGACAUGGAUGAACUCAGUGAAAGUGAGAAUGAGACGUAG